AUGUUAAAUUUUAUUCAAUUUACAAUUCUUAUUUUAGUAGUUUUAUUAAGAGUAGCAUUUUUUACACUAAUAGAGCGAAAAAUUUUAGGUUAUUGUCAUAUUCGGAAGGGGCCUAAUAAAGCAGGAAUUGAAGGAUUAUUACAACCAUUUAGAGAUGCUUUAAAGCUUUUUAGAAAAGAAAUGAAUUUUAUAUUCUAUAUAAAUAUAAUAAUUCAAUUUAUUUCUCCUUUAGUAAUAAUUUCAAUAAUAAUAAUAAUAUGAAUAAUUUUCUUAUAUAAAAAUAAUACAAUAAAUUUAAAUUUAAGUAUUGUUUUUAUAGUUUGCAUUUCAAGAAUUAGAAGUUAUACUAUUUUAUUUAGAGGAUGAGCCUCUAAUUCAAAAUAUUCUCUUAUUGGGGCAUAUCGAGGGUUUGCUCAGGUAAUUUCUUAUGAAGUAAGAAUAGCUUUAAUUUUAGUUAGUUUAUGCUUAGUGGCAGAAAGAUAUAAUAUAAAAAAUUUUAUAAUAAGUCAAAGGAAAUUUCCAUUAAUUUUUGGUUUUUUUUUUAUUUUUGUAGUUUGAAUAUUUACAAUUUUAGCGGAAAUAAAUCGAGUUCCUUUUGAUUUAUCUGAAAGAGAAUCUGAAUUAGUUUCAGGAUUUAAUAUUGAGUAUGGGUCUUGAUUAUUUGCAAUUAUUUUUAUAUCAGAAUAUGGAAUAAUUAUAAUUAUUAGAUAUAUUACAAAUUAUUUAUUUAUAGGAAAUAUAGCUUUUGCAGAAAUUUCUAUACUUAUAUUAAUAAUAACAUUUAUUAUUAUUCGGAGAACAUAUGUUCGGAUACGUUAUGAUCAAUUAAUAAUAAUAGCAUGAAAAAUUAUUUUACCUCAAAGAAUUAUUUUUUUAUUUGUUAUUUUUAAUUUAAAACUCAACCUUUUUAAUUUUAUUUGCAUCAUUUUUUGGAAUUUAAACUCAAUCUUUUUAAUUUUAUUUGCAUCAUUUUUUGGAAUUUAA